UCCUUCUCUCCGAAGGUACUCAUCUGAAAAAUGAGAACAAAGUGAUUGUUCCUGUUCUCUUUCUUAAGUCACUUCAAAUGCUAUCCGUGGACGAGCGGCUCAUUGUCAGGAGAGUUGCAGUGCGAGCAGAAGGGAGAGAACGUACAUGCAGGUACAACAGCAGCAGCUGCAGCAGCACCUCGGCCACAGCAUCACAGAAAACACACUCAACUGGAAGACGAUGGAGAAAGAAGGCGUGAACUUCCCGCCGGGAAGGAGUCCUCACGUCAGAGAUGAGCUGAGAGCACCUCACCGCAGUUUCUACCUGAGCCCAGCUCCGCUUUACAUCACCCCCCCGAAAUUCUCCCCUCCCAGGUACCCCAGCAUAUCACCCACCAGAGACACCUACAGCGCAUUCAGCCCACCUGCUUUCUAUCCCAUGCUUGGCCCCAGUUACUCUCAAAAGGAGGGAUCCCAAAAACGCAAAAGAACUCCCUUCAAAGUGGACGCAGAAGGAGGUGAGUCUCCUGACAGAGAAGCAGAGGAGGCCGACGAAAGCAGCAGUAAGAAGCCGGCGGACGUCUCCCACAUCCCCUUCUCCCUCCCGCCUCACCCCAUAGCCUCCCCGAGUCCUAAACCCAUUCCCGGCAUGAUUGAGCUCAACAGGCUGCAGCUUCACCACAGGUCGCCAGGCAUACAUCUACCUGUGCAGGUGAAACAGGAGCCUCUCAGUCCUUCCCCCAUUUGGCCUCCCUCUCCAUUCCUCCUCCACCCUCCUUUCUUCCCAUCUCUCCACCACAACCUCCUCCCAUACCCUUUCUUCAUGCCUGGGCCCGUCAUGCACUUCUCCCCCGGCGCCUUCUACCCCCGAGAAGAGCUCCGUUCCAGUCACGGCACCCGCGACGGGGGCCCUCGCGGCGGGGCGACCAGCGCCGAGAAGCUGGGCCUCAACGUCCACGUGGAUGACAGCUACUACGUGGACGUCGGCGGGGACCAGAAGCGGUGGAAGUGCCGCAUGUGCGAGAAGUCCUACACCUCCAAGUACAACCUGGUCACCCACAUCCUGGGCCACAACGGCAUCAAGCCACACGGGUGCCACAUGUGUGGGAAACUGUUCAAGCAGCUGAGCCACCUGCACACACACCUGCUCACACACCAGGGCAUGAGGCCCCACAAGUGCCAGGUGUGCCACAAGGCCUUCACCCAGACCAGCCACCUGAAGAGGCACAUGAUGCAGCACAGUGACGUGAAGCCGUACAGCUGCAGGGUGUGCGGCAGAGGCUUCGCUUAUCCCAGCGAGCUUCGCGCCCAUGAGCUGAAGCAUGAAAAGGGGCAAGAGAACAUAUGUGUGGAGUGUGGCCUGGACUUCCCCACGCUGGCCCAGCUCAAGAGACACCUGACUGUCCAUCGUGGCCCCACCCUGUACAGGUGUGCCGAGUGCCAGAAGACUUUUCAGUACCCAAGCCAGCUUCAGAACCACAUGAUGAAACACAAAGACAUCAGACCGUACAUCUGCAGUGAGUGCGGGAUGGAGUUCAUCCAGUCACACCACCUGAAACAGCACACGCUCACUCACAAAGGCGUGAAGGAGCACAAGUGCCGCAUCUGUGGUCGCGAGUUCACCCUGCUGGCCAACAUGAAGCGCCAUGUUCUCAUCCACACCAACAUACGGGCCUACCAGUGCCACAUGUGCUUUAAGAGUUUCGUCCAAAAGCAGACUCUCAAGGCCCACAUGAUCGUCCACUCGGACAUCAAGCCCUACAAAUGCAAGCUUUGUGGGAAGGAGUUCAACAGGAUGCACAACCUAAUGGGCCACAUGCAUCUCCACUCAGACAGCAAACCCUUCAAGUGCCUCUACUGCCCGAGCAAGUUCACGCUGAAGGGAAACCUCACCAGACACAUGAAGGUCAAACACGGGGUCAUGGACCGAGGCCUGGAUGAAAGAUUGUUUCGGCAAAGAGGGCGCUUCUGCCUGUCCACCCCGAUGGGCCUCCUCACCCACUUCAGCCAAGAGGAGCCGUUCGACCUCUCCCAGAAGCCCCCGGGCAUGCCCAGCCUCCGCCUCUCCCAGUCCGAUGGCGAGAGCGUCCCGGGGAGCUCCUGUCAGGAGGAGGAUGAGGAGAGCUUGUACAGAAGGAGCCAGUACAGCCCCGAGGUGGACCAACACGAGCCAGCCGGUGAGGACCAGUACAACCCUGAGCUUGAGGAGAGGGGACAGGGGUCUGGUGACGAGCUGAGGCCAGCCGAGGUGCAGAAACAAAAGAAGCAGAGCUUAGAAGAUGAGACGUUUGAGAGGGAGUCAGCCGGAGAAGGACAAUCUGUAGAUCCUAGAGGUAACCAGGGGCAUGUCUCGCAGAUGUCAGAUGCAUCAUGUGAAUCUGACGCGGAGCUAGAGGAGCAGGGAUAUCAUCACCAAACAGUCCGUAGACAGUCAUUUGAAUAUGACUCUAUUUCAGAGCAAGAAGAUCAUGAGCAGGAGGCAGAUGAGCCAGAGCAAAGCGACCAGCAGUUAGAUGGCUUCUAUGAGGCCAUCGAUGUGGCAGAGACAAACUAGGGCUAAGUGAAAUCGCUUGCACAUAAGUCAAUUUACGGGUCAAGGGAUGAAGAAGACAACAAAGAAUUUGAAAGAGGACACAAGAAGGCGACUUUUUUGUUUGACAGGAUAAUGGAGAGGAUGUAGAGGAGACGCUCCCCCAGGGAGAAAGGAAAGUGCGUAGGUGUCUAAACGCAACAGAUUAUGGAGGAUGUAGAAUAGUAGCUUAGCACAAAGAAAAAAGAUGGAUAUAUCGUGCUUAUUAACAAAAAAAAUUAAUAGAAAUGAACUGAAAGCUGUGAAGCAUACCGCAUGUACAGAACAUAUCAUACAAUGAUGAAUAGUCACUGACGCACGGUUUGUGUGAAUUAAUGAACGGAAAAGUGUGACUUUUUUCCUGUAAAUAAAAUGCAAAAAAUAUAUUUAAUGUUUUAGUUUUUUACAAACGUCUGUGAAGAUUCUCAGUUAUCCAGGUCAUAUCUAAAACUGAAGCAAAAACAAAGGCAACGCAGUCUUGUCAUCGGAGGACCACUAUUUGUGCGAAAACAGGAUGCCACACAAUCUGAAAAAUUGUCAGUUUCAAGGGUGCAGAAUAGAAACUCCCCGCCAGUCAUUUCGAAUUGAAUAAGCCAGUUGGACGAGUGGAGAAACAUCUUAGACAAAAGUCAAGAAAAUGCAGUUGCCUUUGUUUUAACUUGUUAGUUUUUUUUUUUUUUUCAAAUGAUUUCUCAGUGUUGCUACUUUGCUUUAGCUCUGAUUCUCUAAUCUAUUAUAUUAAAACAUGUUAUGGUUCAACCCAUUGUGCAUGCUUUGAGAUUAUUAGGUGAUUUUUGUUCUGAUUUACCUGGUGUAAUUACUUAGUCUGUGACGGACACUUCGUGUGUCUCCUGAAAUUAACUGUGAUUACUUUUUUGAUUUUUACGGUAAAUAUUGGUGAUCUGUUUUUCUAUGUGAUCUUUCAGUCGUUGGGAGAUGUCUGUGAUUCAUUUUUUUCAUUUUUUUCUCGUAUGCCAGUGUAAUGUAGGUGAACCUGAUAUGAUCCUGCUAAAUAAAUACGGAAAUAAAAGCUUGAACCUGUGCAGCGAA